GGGCCACACUUCGACUCCAUUCCCUAACCAAACUACAUCAUGUACAAGUUCGUAGUAAGUAGCAGCCGAGAUCUGACCGAAUAUUUCCAAACUCGCUUCAGUUACAAAGUUAACUUGCUCUUCUUCGCGCUACUUCUUCUUCUUACUCUUCUUCGUUAAAACAGUUACCUUCGUUCGCGUAUCUAACGUACAUUUCGUUUCAGAUUCCUUUGUUCAUCGCCUCGUUGAUCGCCAUCAGCGCGACCGAACCUACAAAGAAGCUGGGGAAACGUGGUCUUAUCGGAGGCAACAAUGACUUCGACGCAUUAGGAGCAGACUCUACUGCAAAGUACCUUCCACCUGUAUCCGCCGUUAAGAGACCCUACGUGGUCUCUUCCGUUCCAAGCUCGUCCUACGGUGUCCCGUCUUACUCUGCACCGGAGCCAACUUAUGGAGUUCCUGCUCCUGCGCUAGUUCCAUCUUACUCAGUUCCAGACCCUGCCCCAGCACCACUUUCCGUUCCAGUACGCGCUCCAGCACCACUUUCCGUUCCAGUACCCGCUCCGGCACCACUUUCCGUUCCAGUCCCCGCUCCAGCACCACUUUCCGUUCCAGUCUCUGCUCCAGCACCACUUUCCGUUCCAAUCCCUGCUCCAGCACCACUUUCCGUUCCAAUCCCUGCUCCUGCGCCAGUUGCUCUUCCCGUUUCUCUUCCUGCGCCACUUGCUGUUCCCGUUCCUCCUCCUGCGCCACUUGCUGUUCCUGCCCCUUCUGCUGCUGUCCCUACCUCUCUUCGAACGUACUCCGCUCCAGUUGCUGCCCCAGUCCCAUCGUACUCUGUUCCUGUCUCGGUUCCAGCGCCAACUUACGGUGUACCAGUCUCUGCACCUCUCCCGAUUUACAGCGGCUCUGUCUCGGUGCCGAGUUCGAGCUACGGGGUGCCCAGUCUCUCGUCGGCCCACAGCGUCUCGAGUUUAACCGCUUCGGUGCCUCUGUCCACGGGAGCAGUGAGUGCACCUAGCACGUCUUACGGUGUGCCAAGCGCCGUCGUCCAAUCCGUACCCUCCGUCGGUCUUUCGUUCAACUCGGCCAGUUACCCGAGUCAAACGUCCAGCCACGUUUCUGCAGGUGGACUUUCAUUGAGCUCCCUCAGCGUGCCCGUCAGAUCAAACGGAGUGUCAAGCUACAGCGGUGGAUUCGCAAGUGGAUCGGUUUCGUCGUCGUUGCAAUCGGCCGCCUCUGCCAACGAUGGAUAUUCGUAUCCCGUGCCUUCGAAGCAGUUGCUCGUUUGA